AUACAUAAAGUUGUAUGGUAUCAUGAUCAUGACUAAAAUAAAAUAAAAAAGCUACCAAAAGGGAUCAAGAGACAUUUUGAAUUUCCAAAGUGAACCCACAUAUUAAUCUAUAGAAAGCCUUCACAAGAAUAAAAAGAGAGGCUCAAAGCAAAAGAGAAAGAAAUUAAGCAUCAAAGCAAUAAGACUACAUUAAAAAAAUGUACCGGUUGAGCAACACAGUGAUAGGGUUCUUGAACCUCUUCACUCUCUUGGCUUCCAUACCUAUCAUCGGCGGAGGCCUAUGGAUGGCUCGAAGCAGCACCACCUGCGAGAGCUUCCUCCAAACCCCACUUCUUGUGAUUGGCUUUGUUGUCCUCAUAGUCUCUUUAGCAGGCUUCAUAGGCGCAUGUUUUCACGUGGCAUGGGCCCUUUGGGUCUACCUAGUUGUCAUGCUCUUCCUUAUAGCCACACUCAUGGGUCUCACCGUUUUCGGGUUUGUCGUCACCGGCCCUGGUGGCGGUGUCGAAGUCCCCGGUAGGGUAUACAAAGAAUACCAUCUUGAAAAAUACUCACCAUGGUUAACCAACAGGAUUAAGAAUCCUAAUUAUUGGAGUACCAUAAGGGGUUGUAUUUUCAGCUCCAAAACUUGUGCCAAGCUUUCUAUUUGGACCCCUUUAGAUUAUAUGGAAAAAGAUAUGAGUCCUAUACAAUCGGGUUGUUGUAAACCUCCAACGGCAUGUAACUAUAACGUGAUUGGAAGUAGUGCACAAGACCCAGAUUGUUACCGUUGGAACAACGCACAGAAUCUGUUGUGUUACGAGUGUGAUUCUUGCAAGGCUGGAGUGUUGGAAGAUAUUAGGAUCGACUGGCACAAGCUGUCAGUACUCAACAUCGUCAUGCUUGUCUUCCUAAUCGCUAUUUACUCCAUUGGUUGCUGUGCUUUUCAGAACACCAAACGUGCUGAGACCGAUUACCCUUACGGCGAAAACCACAUGAAGAGGGUCCGCCCUCGUUGGGAUUACUAUUGGUGGAGAUGGUGGCAUGACAAAAGGCAUCAGCUUUAUUAGCCAACAGAUAAGAAUUGAGCUAAAAAUAUAUCUUGAAUCAAUGUCUUUUUUUCCAGUUUACUUGAUUGUCCCUUAGUGCUGUUUGAAAAUGGGACAAUUUCAGACCUGCUUUUCAGUCCAACCAUGUUUAUUACUUAGUGCUUAAUUAAUUAAGUUAAGGUCUGUCUCACACGCCCAACUUUUGUACACUUAUUUAUUUUCGUUUUUGUAUAAAGAUGUAUUAUUAGCUCUAAUCAAAGAUAUUCAAUAUAUACCUUUUUUAAAAAAAGAAAA